AUGAGCAAACUAGAAAAGAUUUGUGCGUGAGCGUGCUUUUGUUGGAGCAAACCGAGUUAACUGGCGAACCGUAGUAGGUCUAAAAAUCCUUUUAUCUAUAAUUGGUCGUGCCAUAGCUUUUUAAGUGGUAAAACGUGUUUCUUCUACAAAUGUUGGCGUCAUCUAACGCUUUUAUUUUAGCUAGCUAGCUUGCUAGCAUGAACUAGACGGCCGCUAAAUUCGUAACCGAAAGUAAUUCCUUGCUGCCAAGUAGCACCAAUGAAAGAAAAUACUAUAUUACAUGAUCAACAAUUAAACGUAGUUUGUGAUAAAAUUGAGGGUUUCGCCUUCAUUGGCCAACGACAACGACGGUUUAAUCCGACCUGCCCGAUCAAAUCAUCCAAUUUUAAAUCGAUCAGAAUCUCCACCCCGUUACCUGACAAACAUAAAAGAAAUGGGGGCGUGGCAACGAUCAAAGAGCGAAAUGCUGUGGUAUUUUUAUUUUUUUUCUUUCGGGCCGCAAUUCAGUUAAACAAACGUUUAGUCAUUGCCAGAACGGUGGAGCGUCAACAUGGAUUUUAUUGAGGGUAGCAUUGGCAUCUACAAACCUCUGAUGGAGUUUUUCCACACGCGUGCGUAUCAGCAAUCGGUGCAGACCUGCUGGAAUACCGUCUCAUAUAAUUUUCAGAUUGGACUGUUGAUCGAAUUUUUAAAACUUCAGCAGAAGAAUCUGAUCCCAACUGAAUUUACUGUUGAAGCAAUGGCGGAUUUGCUGGUGGAGGAGUCAAAGAAUUCACUUAGAAUAAAGCUUUGGGAGUUUGAAGUCGAGGACUGCUUUAAGGCUGAGUCCAAACUGGUUUUUGAGGUGAACACAAGCAUGAAAAUGAGAGACAUUGAGUUUGAAGCCAGAAGGCUCCUCGUAUCUCCUGAAAUGAUCCCUCUCCAACUUAAGCAUACUCGGAUCUUUCGCAAAGCAGAGCAGUUGGUUGACAUCCUGAAGAAGCAAGAGGACACCUCUGAUAAUUUACUCAGCCUGCGUGACAUGGUGAUAAAAGUUCUUCCAAAAGUCCUGCAGAUCUUUUGGUUGCCCGCACCAGGCCCAGCCUUUACCAUGCCAUCCCGAUAUCUUAGCAAAAUGGCUGUCGGAGUGACGCAGGCUGUUGUGGACCGCGUCUCCCAGACAAUGUCCUCCAUCUACAUCCAAUUCUCCAACUGCGUUAGAGACAAUUUGGUCCUGUCUAUCCAGGAAAAAGUGAGACAGGCUUUCACACCGGAUGACCUGGUGGAGAACAUUCACAGCUUUCAACCAGAGUUCUUAACGACCAUAAGGGAUGUCACAGUUGAAGAAAUCGGUGCACUCUCUUCUCUCUUUUUACCCCUGCCACCUUCACCAUCCCCUGACGUGUCCUCAGCCUCAGAAACAGCUUCAACAGAUGACGACAACUCGGUCGAAAAACCAGUCAACGAAGAAGACGACAACGUCAUUGAAGAAACUGUGGAUUUAUCAAUAGCUCAAGUGGUUCCUUCAAGCAAUCAUGUGAAUACAAUGAAGCCGAGCAUCUUCAGUGACAUCUCAAACUGGAUGCAAAUUCCGUUUUUAAAAAAGUGUAGACUAAGAUCAUGAGCAACUGACAAUGAAAUAUAGUUUGAGCUUUGCCUUUAGGACACAAUUGUGACCAUUGUGUGACAUUGCCUUGUGAAAAUAAUUUGAUGUGUCUUGGCUGCAGCACACAGAUAAAGAGGUGUUGGCAGUGAUCUUAGGUGUUAAAUGUGACACUUUUUUAGACAGGAGGAGUCCUGCCUCUUAUAUUGCAUUACCAAACAAUUCCUAGCAUAACUUUGAGCCCCUAUUUCGUGUCCUGCACUUUACACUAAAGGACAGUAUGCUUGGGGAAAAGUAAAAAUGUCAUUUACGGUAGCUAGUUGUAUAAAAGAAGUUUUAACUAGUAUUGGAAGCGGUAGGUGAUUUAAGGUUCCUUCCAUCCAGAUUGCAACGGAAAAUCACAUAUUUUAUUUGCCUUACCUGAUUCUUACCUAUUCAAAUGUAUUGUACAUAAGUGUAAUUAUUGUAUGUUUUUGCCACUUCAACAAAAUGAAUAUUAAUUGGUUUUGUUUUUACUUAUUCACAUCCACAUGUUCAGUAAAAUUGUU